AUGGGUAGAGAGGAGCGGCAAGCGCUUCUUCACGAAGGGACGGGGCCAGCAACUAUGUCAGCCUAUGUUGAAAUUAUAUUUGACAAUAGUGACAAUCGAUUUCCAACCGGUAAAGAUGAAGUAGUUCUACGCAGAACGAUUGGUCUCAAAAAAGACGAAUAUUCAUUAGACAAAAAAAGUGCUACAAAAGCCGAUGUAAUGAAUCUAUUGGAAAGCGCAGGAUUUUCUCGAUCAAAUCCUUAUUAUAUUGUUCCGCAAGGAAGGAUCACUGCCUUGACAAACGCAAAAGAUCCUGAACGACUUCAAUUACUUAAAGAAGUUGCGGGAACACGCGUGUACGAACAGCGUAGGCAAGAAAGUAUGAAAAUUAUGGAAGAGACAGAUUCAAAACGAGCUAAAAUCGAGGAGCUUUUAGCUUACAUCGAAGAAAGGCUUGAAGAGCUAGAAGAGGAAAAAGAGGAAUUGAAAAAUUUUAAUGAUUUAGAUCGUGAUCGUCGGUGUCUCGAGUACACUAUUUUUCAUCGUGAAGAGACAGAAUAUGCUUCGCAAUUGGAAAAAAUGGAAAAAGAGCGUGAAAGGGGUGUCAGUGGGACAAAUGAAGAGAAUAAAGGAUUCGAGGAAGAGCAACGCGCGAUCACAAGAAUCGAAGCUGAAAUCCGACAACUUGAACAAAAUAUUCAACUUCUUACAAUUGAAAAAGAACAACUCGACGAAGAUAAGCAAGAGCAAAUCAAAGCUCUUGCACAAGUUGAGCUAAUUAAGAAAGAUCUUGAAGACUCGGCUAAACAGAAUAGACAACAGAGGGGUCGAAGAAUAAAUGAGCUGAGAUCUAUUGAACGGGAUAUAGAGCGAAAAGAAACUGAAUUAACACAAGUUAUACCACAAUACGAGAACGAGGUUUCUCGUGAACUCCAAUUAAGAGAACGUCUUGAAGAAUCAGAAUUACAAAGACAGACACUAUAUGCGAAACAAGGACGAAGCAUCCAAUUCAGUAAUCGAUCUGAGCGAGAUGCAUGGCUCAAGAAAGAAAUGAAGGAGAUCGAAGUUACAAUUUCUGCUCAGACUAAACAAACUCGAGAUCUUGAAGAUGAAAUUGCGGGGAUAGCACGAUCUAUCGAAAAUGCAGCGUCUGAGAUACAGAAUACACGUGAAAAGCUUGAACAAAGAAAGACUAAUUUAGAGGCGAUGACUGUGGAGUAUAAUCAAUUGAAGACGCAGCGAGAUAAAUUAACCGACGACAGAAAGGAGCGUUGGAGAGAAGAUGCACAGUUGGAAACAAAAAUAAGCAAUGCUCGUGAUUUAUAUAGGAAGAAUGAAAGAAGCCUUGCCAGCUCAAUGGACAAAAACACCAGUUUAGGGUUGGCAAAUGUGAGGAAAAUUGCCCAAAAUAGAGGAUACACCGGGGUUUAUGGACCCCUUUAUGAAUUAUUCGAUUGCAUAGACGAAUCAUAUUGGACUGCUGUGGAAGUUACUGCUGGGCAAAGUUUAUUUCAUAUGGUAGUUGAUACAGACGAUACUGCUAGCAGAGUAUUAGAAGAACUUAAUCGAGAUAGAAAUGGACGCGUCACUUUUAUGCCGUUGAAUCGAUUACGACCUAAAACUUUUGAUUAUCCAAGAAGUGACGAAAUUAAACCAAUGUUGGAAGUUAUUCAAUUUGAUGGAAUGUUUCAAAAAGCGUUUCAACAGGUUUUUGGCCGAACUGUAAUUUGCAAAGAUCUCCAAUCAUCAUCAAUUAUUGCUAGGAGGGAUCGAGUUGACCGUAAAGGUGCCUUAACAGGUGGCUAUCAUGACGUGCGCCGUCGAAGGUUGGAAGCCGCAUCAAAUCUAAAAAAAUACAAAAAUGAAUGCAAGGAGCUUGAGGAAAAGGCUUUGCUAAUUACCCAAGUACUAAGUAGGUUGCAAUUGCUUGAGGCCAGGCGGCGUCAGGCACAGGAUAGUCGCGAUCCUCUUAUUUUUGAACUCAAUUCCAAGAUAAAAGAAGAAGCGAGUUUAAGGGACUCGAAAUCCAAUAAGGAAAAAUCCCUUCUAAAUUUGCAAAUGAGCAUUAAGAAACUCACUUCACAGUGUCAAACACAUGAGGCAGAGCUUCAGACAGACUUAAACAAAAAUCUCACACCUCAAGAAGAACAGAUGCUUGAGCAACUCAAUUUUGCCGUUGAACAAUUGAGACAACAUCUGGCUGAUGUUUCUACUACAAGAUCUGAACUUGAAACGCGUAAGAAUGUAUUAGAAAACGAAUUAGAUGUGAAUUUGAGGAGGCGUCGAGAUGAAUUAAAUGAUCAAAUUGAAAGCCUAACGACAAAAGAUGAUGCAGGAGUGGAUAAUGUUAAAACGGAUUUGGAGAGAACCAUUAAUAAUAUGAACGAACGCUCGAAAAAGAUCGGUAAUGAAUUGAAAAAAUAUUCGAGAGAGUUGAAUCAGAAAAAUGCUGAAAUAGAAAAUCUCAAGAAUGCACAAAGGGAACGUGAGGAAAGGAUGCAACGGCACGAGAAAGAGAUGGAAAAAAAACUUUCUGAUCGUAGUAUUCUAUUAAAAAAAAGGGAAGAAGCCACUAAAAAGCUCCGUGAACUUGGCACUUUGCCUGACGAGGCCUUUGCCAAACAUAAAAACACUGCUUCUGAGAAACUCUUGAAACAACUGCACAAAGUGCGUGAAGGCUUGAAACAAUAUAGUCACGUGAACAAAAAAGCUUUCGAACAGUAUAAUAACUUUACCAAACAAAGAGACACUCUGACUAAAAGAAAAGAAGAGUUGGAUCAAUCAAAAAGGGCAAUUAGUGAUUUAAUAAAUGUCCUAGAUCAACGGAAAGAUGAAGCAAUAGAACGUACCUUUAAGCAAGUAGCAAAAUAUUUUUCAGAGGUGUUUGAGAAACUUGUACCUGCAGGACGAGGGCAACUUAUCAUGCAACGAAGACUUGAUAAGGAUGAUAGUGAGGAUGAUGACGAAGAAAACGAACAAAACGAUAGCGGAUCUGUUGACAAUUAUACAGGAGUUGCAAUUAAGGUCUCGUUUAAUAGUAAAACAGACGAGGGUCUAAGAAUGCAACAAUUAUCUGGUGGACAAAAGUCAUUAGUUGCCCUGACUUUAAUUUUUGCGAUACAACAGUGCGAUCCAGCUCCAUUUUACUUAUUUGAUGAGAUUGAUGCCGCGCUGGAUGCACAAUAUCGAACCGCCGUUGCUUCCAUGAUUCAUGAAUUAUGCGAAAACGGACAAUUCAUAACAACGACAUUUCGACCAGAAAUGUUGGCAAAUGCUGAUAAAUUCUAUGGUGUCACGUUUUCGAAUAAAGUUUCCCGCAUCAACUGUAUUACUAAAGAAGACGCGUUAAAUUUCGUAGAACAGGAACAACCUCAAUAA